AUGGGUGUGCCCUGCAAGCAGAUCUCUCCCGCAUAUCUUUGCUGCCCCCUUACUGCAACAGCAACAGCAGCAGCAGCAGCAGCAGCAGCAACAGCAGCAGCAGCGGCUGCAACGGCGAGACCUAUGCUGAAGCAUCUCUCCCGCAUAUCUUUGCUGCCCCCUUACUGCAACAGCAACAGCAGCAGCAGCAGCAGCAGCAGCAGCAGCAGCAGCAGCGGCUGCAACGGCGAGACCUAUGCUGAAGCCAUCUCCCACGGGGCCCUGGGGGCCCUCCCCCUGCACCCUCUUGGGGGGCCCCUCACCUGUGCUGCAUGCAGCCCCACCGGUGCAUAUAUAGCUCUGUGCGAGUGGGGGGGGCGGGUGCAGCUGCUGAAGCAGCAGCAGCAGCAGCAGCAGCAGCAAACAGUAUUGGCAUGGGAAGCAGCAGCACGUAGGGAUGCUAUUGCUGCUGCUGUACAGAGACAGCAAGAACAGCAGCAGCAGCAGCAGCAGCAACGCAACCUUGCUGCUGCAAGCAGCAGCAGCAGCAGCAGCAGCAGCAGGCCUCGUGAAGACAUCAGCGGAAGCAGCUGGGCCCCCCCGAGGGGCCCCCUACCGGGGCUCGAUAGUUUCUUGCUGCUGUCGGCCGAUCCAGCAGCAACAGCAGCAGCAGCAACAGCAGCAGCUCUGAGGGGCCCUGACAGUAGACAGCAAGAACAGCAGCAGCAGCAGCAGCAGCAACGCAACCUUGCUCCUACAAGCAGCAGCAGCAGCAGCAGCAGCAGCAGCAGGCCUCGUGAAGACAUCAGCGGGAGCAGCUGGGCCCCCCCGAGGGGCCCCCUACCCGGGCUCGAUAGUUUCUUGCUGCUGUCGGCCGAUCCAGCAGCAACAGCAGCAGCAGCAACAGCAGCAGCGCUGAGGGGCCCUGACAGUGUGUCUCCCUCCUGCCGUCGUUACCUGCAGCAACUGCAGCAGCAGCAGCAGCAGCAGCAACAGCAGCACCAGCUUGUUCUUCGCGGAGCAGCAAACGAGGCUAAUGCUAUAAAUAACCUCGCAGAGGAGUAUAUGCUGCUGCAGAAUCUAGACAGCAGCAGCAGCAGCAGCAGCAGCAGCAGCACCAGCCUAGGUUAUGCGCUGCAGCCUUGCUGCUGCAGCUGCACUACACCAGGCAGCUGCAGCGGGGGCCCCCUCAUACCGGGGGCCCCCUGCUGCUGCGAGCUCUCUUCUGAAAAGUGGGUAUUCCCCCUCAGUACCCUUUUUCCUGAAUCUGAUGAGGGGCCCCCCUGGGGGGCCCCCCCAUUUGGCUCGGACUGGGGGGCCCCCGAGGGUACUGGACAGCGUGCAUCGGGGGGGGGCCCCCUGGUUGGGGGGCCCCCAGGGGAGGGGGGGGCCCCCUCAAGCUGCAACAACUCUGAUGAAGCUAUUUGUGGUGCUGUGCUGAAGUAUGUGGGGCCCCCUGGGGGCCCCGUCUGCGGCUGUCACUGCAGCAGGAACAACAACGGCAGAAGCAGCAACAGCAGCAGCAACAGCAGCAGCAGCAGCAGAUGCAGCAGCAUCGGCAGGGGGAGUAGUAACAGGAGGGGUGGGCGUCGCAGCAUGCGUAGUAGCGGCGGCAGUAACUGGGAGGGGGCCCCUGGUGCUUUCGGGGGCCCCUGGGGGGCCCCCCAUGGGGCCCCCCAUGGGGGCCCCCAGGGGGCCCCCGGGUAUGGUUCAAGUGGGCAAUAUGUUAUUGAGGUGCUGCACAGCGAUGAUAUGAGGCCCCCUAUUCCUUUGCCUUUGUCUUUAUUUGCGGGGCCCCCUGUUGCAGUAGGCGGCGGUAGUACUGCAGCAGCAGCAGUAGCAGCAGCAGCUGCUGCUGCAGCUGGUGGUGGUGGUGGUUGGUGUGAUGUUAGGGAUUCAUCAGGUCCUCUUUAUGUUGCUGCAGCUGCACUGAGCGAUGAUAUGAGGCCCCCUAUUCCUUUGCCUUUGUCUUUAUUUGCGGGGCCCCCUGUUGCAGUAGGGGGCGGUAGUACUGCAGCAGCAGCAGUAGCAGCAGCUGCUGCUGCUGCAGCUGGUGGUGGUGGUGGUUGGUGUGAUAUUAGGGAUUCAUCAGGUCCUCUUUAUGUUGCUGCAGCUGCACUUGGGGGGGCCCCCAAUGGGUACCUAUACAGCAGCACGGGGCCCCUGCGUGAGCUUUCUAUACGUAAGACUUGUGGGCUGCUAGCAGCAAGGGGGGGCCCCAGCUUAGCUAAUGGUAUUAUAUUCUCUCCUGCUGUUGUUAGUGCAGCAGUAAAGGAGACAGCAGCUCCUGUUUUUAUAGAUGUAAGGAGACAUAGGGGAUCAAGGGGGGGAGCACAAAGGGGGGCCCCCUUAACUGCUGCUGCUGCUGCUGCUGCUGCUGCUGCUGGGAGGAUUGGGGGGCCCUUCCGUCCGUUACGAGGGAAACUAAGGCCCGCAGCAGCAGCAGCAGCAGCAGCUGCUGCUGCUGCUGCUGCUGCUGGUGUUGGUGCUGUUGGUAGUGGCGUUGCUGGUGCAAUGACUCCAGCCGCUGCAGCAGCAGCAGCAGCAGCAGCAGCAGCAGCUUCCUUCAAGCCACCAUGGAAAGGGCCCAGUGAUAGUAGUUGUGUUUAUUUGUCUCCUUCUUCUGCAUCGUCGAGCGAUGCUUCAGAUGAGUAUGAGGCACCAACAAAGACAGCAAGAGCUCUCCUGCGUUCUAUCAAGCAGAGGGGGCCCCCUACAACCCCUGGGGGCCCCGGGGGCCCCGGGGGGGGCCCCCCAGGUGGUGGGGGGGCCCCUGCUGAGGGGGGCAUGAGUAUGAGGCACCAACAAAGACAGCAAGAGCUCUCCUGCGUUCUAUCAAGCAGAGGGGGCCCCCUGGGGGCCCUGGGGGCCCCGGGGGCCCCGGGGGCCCCCCAGGUGGGGGGGGGGCCCCCGCUGAGGGGGGGCCCCUUGCUCCAUCGUCACCAACUGCAGGGGGGCCCCAAGAGGACCCCUCCUCACCCCACACUCUCAGUGGGAUCGGAUCCCAGCUGA